GUAAGCCGGCUUCCGCGAACGUCACUCUACUUGAGGACGGCGCAUGCGCGGUCGUUUCCCGCGCUUUUUUGACGUUUCACGUUUUUAAUAAAAUCUACCGGCAGUGUUUAUUUUUUUAAUUAGUGUGCAUCGGUGUUACAAUCGGACAGUUUUAUACCAUUGAACAAAGGAAGAAUCAAGUUGUGAGAAAUGCGCCAGUACUUAUGCGUGCUGUUUUUGUGUGUGGGGUUUAGCAACGCCCGGUGGUUGCGCAGUUCAAGAUCUGUUCAACCCAAAGAGUCCAGUUUCGUGGGGGAGGCCACCAAUGAGUUGAGUACGGCGCUCUUCCAGAGCUACAUUGAUGACGAUAAAGAUAUUGCCUUUUCACCGCUUGGUUAUGCAGCUAUUCUGGCUAUUUUAGCAGAAGGUGCUAAAGGUGACACUAGACAACAGCUGGUCUCUGCGCUUCAUCUUCCACAAGAUGAGCAACUCACUCGAAAGGCCUUUUAUUAUAUUAUGAAUAGACUGAAAAAUACAAAUGAAUAUAAAUACAAUAAGCCGGAAUUGAAAAAUUACUUUUACGUAUUCAAGAAUUACACAAUAAAUGAGGAGUAUAAGAAAAUAUUAGAAGACUAUUAUUUAACAGAAGUUAGGUCUGUAGAGAGAUAUGGUGAAGCUGAUCAUUCUUGCAAAGAUGAAAAUUGUUUAUCAGAAACGAAACCCAGUGAGAAAGAAGAUAACUCAGAGUUGAUGCCUAAAGAAACAGAUGAGAAAUUAAUAUCUUUUGCAAUUGAUGAUAAACCAGAAAAAGUGGAUGUUACUACUACUGAAUAUAAGCCUGCAAAAAAUAUUAAGGAGAAAAUUAAACUGGUCAAGACUUAUCCUAAAAAGCAGGAUGCAGAAGAUGAUGAAGAAACUAUGGUAGCUGUAGAAGCUAGAAAUCAUGCAAGAAGUAUUCAAAUAUUGGAUGACAAAAUGGAUAUAACAUCCAGCAUGUCUGCUAAUUAUGUUGCAAAGAAAGUUAGCCCAUCAUCAUCUGAAACCAAAUCUCUAAUGUUAAUUUUCAACGGCCUGUACUUCCGUGGUUCGUGGAAACAGCCGUUUGAUGUCGUUGAACCGGGUGUCUUCUAUAAAUCCAAUACUGAGAAGAAACAAGUCCCUAUGAUGAAAGGAAGAGGUGUCUAUAGGACUGCAUCACUGCCUGGACUUGACAGUGAAGCUAUUCAACUACCAUACGAUGGUGGACGUUACGCAUUGAUGUUGGUGGUGCCACGGUCACGUGAUGGUCUCACGCGUCUCAUCGCAGACCUGCCGUCGAGCCCUAUAUCUGAGAUCGAAGACAGUCUGCGCGAAGAAGAGCUGCAAGUCUCCUUGCCGACGUUCUUCGUGGAAACCACCACUAAGCCCAUCGCUGCUUUGGCUAAGUUCGGCGUGAGCAGCAUCUUCAGUCGUACUCACGCGGAGCUGACCGGCGUCUCCGAGAUGGAGGGUCUGUUCGUACAGGAGCUGGUGCAGUAUGUCGCCAUCAGGGUUGAGAAUAACGACGCAUCGGUUUCUGAACUAUCAGCUAGCAACCCCGUUGGAGAGUCGCUCAAGAAUCUACCACUAUCUCAGUUGAAGCCGGUCCGUCACUUCAACGUUGAACAUCCAUUCAUAUUCUUCAUCAUGGAUUAUUUGGACAACUUAAUCGUAGCGAGCGGCAAGAUCGUUGACCCCCAACAGCAUAAACCAAUAGAAAUUUAAUUAAAAAAAAAAAAAACUCUAUAAAUGAAACGAUUUUUAAAACUUUGGAUUCCAAGUUUAAAAUAGUAGUCAGUCGUCAUGUUCUUUUUUUGUAAACGGCUAGUUUAUUUUACAUUUUGUAAUUCGUUUAGUUUCAAAUGUUCUUUUUUUUAAGCAUUUAACUAUUAAUUUAUUUUCUAUUUUCGUUAAAUCGUAUUCUGCUGUGAAAUUAAAUACUCUCUGUUUCAAUGCAAAUUAAUGAAUAGGUAACAAUAUUUUGUUGAAAUUAUCAUAGAAACACUAUCUAAAUUAAAUUAGAAACAAAUCGAAUCAUUCAUUCGAUUAAUCGAUUUUUAUAUAUGUAUUACUGUUAGACAUCAGCAAAUAGUCUUAUGGUUAGAUUAGCUAUACGUUUGUUUACAUUUUCACUAAAUUCUAUUGAAAUAGUCUAUUAUAAUAAUGAAUAUAUAAACUGAGAUUUCUACCCAAAAAAAAAAAAACCAGAUGCAUUUGAUAACGAACAAGUACACAGCUUAGGUAAGUUAGUAGUCUAAUUAUUUAGUUAAGUAGAUGUUAUUUAUUUUAUUUAAUAAUAUUAUGGAUGAUGUGAUUUUGUGAUUAAAUUAUUUAUUUAUGUGG